AUAGAACGUUCGUGGGAUUUUCUUUCGUUUUCAACUCGAAUCGGCAGCGGCGAACGGUUGCUGAGUGUUUUGCUAUCUAGUAGUUUGGCUGGAAACGAUUGGCCAAACUACGCCGCACCUCACCACAUCUUGUAGUGUCGCGCGGGUGCGAUGUGUCAGUGAUCCGAAAUCCUGCCAUUCCCGAUGUGAGUUUGCCUUCGAAUGCUAAACAAAACAAAAGGGUGCCGAAGAAAGUUGUAACGUACGCUGUUCCUGUUCGCUGCUGCCUGCAGUUGCUCCGGUGCAAUACUUACGUUAGCAAACAGUUUGAUGCCGUCCCGGUGGCCGGCCCGUACUAGACAUCGACCGCAAGGAGCGUACGUACAAAACAUGAAGUGCCGUUCGGGGGGAUGGUGGUACGUGGUGGCAGCUGUCGUCACCCUGCUCUUGGCCUUCGUCGGAGCCGACGAGCACAAUCAUAUGUACGAGGAUCACGAGGAAAUUGUACUAUGGAUGAACACGGUCGGUCCGUACCACAACCGGCAAGAAACCUAUGCGUAUUUCUCGCUUCCGUUCUGUGUCGGUGCCAAACAAUCGAUUAGUCAUUACCACGAGACGAUGAGCGAGGCGCUCCAAGGGGUCGAGCUGGAGUUCAGUGGCUACGAGAUCGAUUUCAAAGAUGAUAUUAAUCCGACGGAAAUUUGCAUGGUGGAGCUGACGGAGGAGAAGCACAAAGCGUUCGUGUACGCGGUGAAGAACCAGUACUGGUACCAGAUGUACAUCGACGACCUGCCGAUCUGGGGCGUCGUCGGCAAGGAGGAGGACAAGAAGUACUACAUCUACACCCACAAGAAGUUCGACAUCAGCUACAAUGGCAAGCAGAUCGUGGACGUGUCGCUCACGCCCGAGCACAAGGAGCUGCUGCGCGUCGGCGCCAAGAUCAAGUUCACGUACGAGGUCAACUGGAAGCCGAGCUCGGUCAAGUUCGAGGAUCGGUUCGACAAGUAUCUCGAUCCGAACUUCUUCCAGCACCGCAUUCACUGGUUCAGCAUUUUCAACAGCUUCAUGAUGGUGAUCUUCCUCGUCGGGCUCGUCUCGAUGAUCCUGAUGCGCACGCUCCGUAAGGAUUACGCCCGCUAUAGCAAGGACGAGGAGGCGGACGAUAUGGAACGCGACUUGGGUGACGAGUACGGUUGGAAGCAAAUUCAUGGCGAUGUGUUCCGUCCGGCGUCGAAUGUGAUGCUCUUUUCGGCGCUGAUUGGCACCGGCUACCAGCUAACGUCGGUGGUGUUGUGCGUGAUUACGUUUGCAAUACUUGGCGAACUGUACACGGAACGUGGUUCGAUGCUUUCUACGACGAUUUUUGUGUACGCGGCAACGUCCCCCAUCAACGGGUACUUCGGCGGAUCGCUGUACGCUCGCAUGGGUGGCAAGCAGUGGAUCAAGCAGAUGCUGAUGUCGGCCUUCAUCGUUCCGGCCCUCGUGUGUGGGACUGCGUUUUUCAUAAAUUUUAUCGCCAUCUACUAUCACGCGUCGCGAGCGAUCCCCUUCGGAACGAUGGUUGCGGUUACAUGUAUCUGCAUAUUCGUCAUCCUCCCGCUGACAUUGAUCGGCACGAUUGUGGGCCGCAAUCUGGACGGCCAGCCGGACUACCCGUGCCGCGUCAAUGCCGUACCGCGACCGAUCCCGGAGAAGAAGUGGUUCAUGGAACCGGCUGUGAUCAUUCUGCUCGGUGGAGUGCUACCCUUUGGGUCGAUCUUCAUUGAAAUGUACUUCAUUUUCACCUCAUUCUGGGCGUACAAAAUCUACUACGUGUACGGCUUCAUGCUGCUAGUGUUCCUGAUUCUGAUCGUCGUUACCGUGUGCGUGACGAUCGUGUGCACCUACUUCCUGCUGAACGCCGAGGACUACCGAUGGCAGUGGACCAGCUUCAUGUCGGCGGCCUCCACGGCGAUCUACGUGUACAUGUAUUCGUUCUACUAUUUCUUCUUCAAGACGAAGAUGUACGGCCUGUUCCAGACGUCGUUCUACUUCGGGUAUAUGGCGCUGUUUUCCGGUGCGCUAGGGAUCAUCUGCGGGACGGUGGGACACUUUGGUACGAACAUUUUCGUGCGAAAGAUAUACUCCAACGUCAAGAUUGACUAAACAACGUCCUGGGAUCGGCAUCCUUCCACAUACAAGCACGUGCGCGCACACAUAUACACACACAUACACACUCACGCCGGUGUAGAGAGACGGAUAACAAUUAACCGGUGUCAGUGUCGUACUAAUUCUAGGCAACGUGUUAGUGUGGGGGGAGACCUGGGCUCCCGGAAUGAGGAGGUUGUUGACAAACCAUGGUCGUAAUCUAGUUUAUUAAUAUUCCUUUACACGUAAGCCGCGCCCGAACUGUGCUAUCGAGUGCAUAUCCGGUGGGAAUGUCUGCACUGGAAAUCGUUACAUACGAAAUAGGGCGACUUGUCCAACGACGAGUCAUCAUCGGUAAACCAAUGGAAGUUGUGGGAAGUUUUGUGGGGGGGACAAAAACAAAAAUAGAUACAACGCAGACACACACGCAUACACACUUACAUACACAUUAUGCCCUUACCGUGAUCUUGCACUUGAUGUUAUUUGAAUUGUGAACACCUUGACUUGAGUCCUGCCCUCGGAAAGCCAAUGGCAGUCGAUCGUGGAGCCCUUUAAUUUGUAAUCCCGAAAUCAGCGAUUUUUGUCCGAUGAAGGAAGACUGUUUGGUGAUGUACUGAAUUAAAUUGAGUUGAACUGAAAACUAUACCACACUAAUAAAGGUGCGUUAUGCAUUGAUAAAUCACUCGAUGUUGCUUGUUUCGGGCCAUUUUUAGUUAGGGCUUUUUUGGGUUAAUGCCAAACAACUGCGAAUUGUUUAGUUUAUUAUUUAGCUUAGGGCUGUUUUCUUCCGUUUGUUAAUCAAUGCUUAUAACUGCGGCAGUCAUAUAUUUCCACUUUGCCUUAAUCCGACUAAACUACUAAGGUACAGAACAUAUAUAAAAACGACGAUCCUGUACAUGUGUACUUGUGUGUGUGUGUGUGCGCAUGUGCAUGAGUGUGUUAAUGUGAAAUCGAAUGUGCAGCACAAAAGGCAUACAAAAGGGCAUACGUGUCUCGGCGUGUGACGGAUGUCACGGGUGGUUGCUGAACCGUACGAUCGCCACCCACCACAGUGGCCACAUCCGCCCGCCACAAUGUUAACGCGAUCCCCUCGGUUAGCGCGUGCAAAAGCUAGUUACUUGUGUCCUUUUGUGGUUUAAUUUGGAACGACGACUUAUUGUUAGCAUAUUGGGAAAUAGAACUGAACCUACCGGAAGUCGGAAGCCAACGGACGGACCACUCCGUUAACCAA